GUCGCUAACAUGCGGGAUUACGAUGAAGUUACCGCUUUCUUGGGAGUCUGGAGAACACAUCAGAAACUCCUCUUCUCCCUUCUGAGUGUCAGCGUCAUUCCGAAUGGUUUCACCGGAUUAAGCAUAAUUUUCGUCGGAGAUGUCCCAGAACAUCGCUGCUUAAUUCCCGAGAAUCUCAACCUCAGCGAAGCAUGGAGGAACAGGACGAUCCCGCUACAGGGUCCCGAACAACGGCGCAGCAAGUGCACUCGGUACCGGCUGGACGUGAUACUGAACCUUUCGCAGACAUUCCCCGACCCAGACUUCCUCAACGUGUCUGAGAUCGAACAGGAACCGUGUCUGGAUGGAUGGGAGUACAGUAAGGAGCAGUACAUCUCCACUAUCGUCUCCGAGUGGGACUUGGUAUGUAACAAUGACUGGAAAGAACCAUUCGUUACGUCAGUAUACUUCAUGGGAAUGUUAGUAGGUUCCAUUAGUUUUGGAAUAUUAUCAGACAGGUUUGGGAGGAAAAUUGUUAUGUUUGGGACAAUGGUGCUACAGAUUACAUUCAAUGUGCUUAUCACAUUCUCACCAAACUUAGAAAUCUUCUGCCUGAUUAAUUUCUUCAAAGGUUUUGGUGAGGUCUCAAAUUUUGUGGCUGCCUUUGUUCUUGGAUCUGAACUUCUUGAACAAUCCAUUCGGAUUACAUACUCUACACUUGGAGUCGGCACAUGUUUUGCAGUAGGCUAUAUGAUCCUGCCUUUUGCUGCAUAUUUCAUACGAGAAUGGAAGAUGCUAAUAUUGACCCUGUCUCUCAGCUGUUUGUUCUACAUUCCUUUGUGGUGGUUUAUUCCUGAAUCUCCACGCUGGCUAUUAUCUAAAGGAAGAAUAAAGGAAGCUGAAUCAAUAAUUCGACUUAUGGCAAAGAAAAAUGGUGUCACUCCUCCAGCGAUGCUUUUCAGUGAAGAUGAGCUCGAACACAUAAAGAACAAUAAAAUAAAAUCUGUUCCAGUUACUCAGUUGUUAAAAACCUGUAAUACCCGAACUAUCACAAUCAUUAACAUUCUGAUCUGGAUGAUCAUAACAAUGGGAUACUAUGGUCUGUCAUUGAACAUACCGAAUCUCCAUGGCAAUGAUUAUCUCAAUUGUUUCCUCUUUGCUGCCUCAGAGAUUCCAGCAAACAUUGCAGUAUGGUUUCUCCUUCAGAAGUUUCCACGCAAGUUCAACCUUUCAAGUAUUCUUUUUCUUAGUGGAAGUAUCCUGCUCUUCAGACAGCUAAUCCCAUCAGAUUUUUUGGUACUUGCUGUAGUGCUGGUGUUAAUUGGAAAUUUUGGAAAUACAUGUGCUUCUUGCAUGGUUUAUGUCUACACCACCGAGCUGUAUCCAACCUCAUUGAGAAAUACAGGUGUUGGAGUGAGUUCAAUGGCAUCUAGGAUCGGAAGUAUCGUUUCACCUUACAUUAUUUUCCUUGAUACUUAUCAAGAGAAUCUGUCACUGAAUGUGAUCGGGGUGUUAACAAUGUUUGCAGCAAUUGCAGUUUUGUUUCUGCCUGAAACAUUUAAAGUUCCUCUCCCAGAUAACAUUGAACAAAUGCAAAAGAUCUAUUGCAUGUGUCUGUUAUUUAUGAGUUGUGAGCUCGAUGCUCAACCCAGCAUGGAUGGAAAGUGUGCAAGGAGUCGGCUGGAUUCAAACCGGGGACCAUUGGCGUCAAAGCCAAGCGCUGAUACUAUUACAUCAGUGGCUGGCUAA